AACAUGUCAGCUAUCACAUACAACCCGACGUUAGACUUUAACCUUAGUGGUUUCAGCGAUGAUAUGGAGGCCAAAGUGACGAUAGAUGAUGGAAAAGUAGAAAGUGUUGGACCGGACACAUGGUAUAAUGAAAUCAAGCAAGCAAUUGCACCUUAUGUCAUGUCUUUCUGGUUCCAGAUUUUUGGUAUUGUGCUUAUAAUUGUUGACGUGAUUCUUGUAAUUGUCGACUUGUUCACUUCAAACAAAAGCAAGCACACCGGGAAUGCCAUUGUAGGCAUCUCCUUGGGAAUAUCCUUCUUCUUUGUCGUUGAUGUUCUCCUCAGAGUCUUUGUUGAGGGGUUCCGUGUAUACUUUCGAAAUAAACUACACAUCUUGGAUGCCGUCAUUGUUGUCGUUACCCAAGUUAUUACGAUGGUGUAUGCAUUCUCAGAUUUAAGUGGAUCCACUCACAUUCCCAGGGUGAUCACUAUCUUCCGAAUUCUCCGAGUGGUCAUUCUCAUCAGGAUUUUCAGGCUAGCCUCCCAGAAAAAACGUUUAGAAAAAGCCACGAGAAGGAUGGUGUCUGAAAACAAAAGGCGCUAUCAGAAAGAUGGGUUUGACCUGGACCUCACCUAUAUUACAGAUCGGGUCAUUGCUAUGUCUUUCCCGUCAUCUGGGAAGCAAUCGCUUUACAGAAACCCUAUUGAGGAGGUUGUAAGAUUUUUCGACACAAAGCACAAAGAACAUUACAAAGUCUAUAACCUUUGCAGUGAAAAAGGCUACGAUCCCAGAUAUUUUCAUUACAGAGUGGAAAGGAUUUUCAUUGAUGACCAUAACGUGCCUGUGUUGGAGGACAUGUUAAAGUUUACAGCGAAUGUUCGAGAAUGGAUGGCAGCUGAUGAGAGAAAUGUUGUAGCGAUUCAUUGUAAAGGUGGAAAAGGCAGGACGGGAACGAUGGUUUGUACCUGGUUGAUUGACAACGAUCAAUUUGAGAAUGCAAAGGAGAGUUUGGAUUACUUUGGAGAAAGGAGAACAGACACAAGUGUCAGCUCAAAGUUUCAGGGAGUAGAGACUCCUUCACAGAGUCGAUAUGUUGGAUAUUAUGAAGUAAUGAAAAAUGAGUUCAAAAGGCAACUCCCACCACAGAAGAAAUUAAAAAUUAAAAAUAUUCGAAUCCAUUCUGUUCACGGGGUUGGCAGAAACAAUGGCAGUGAUCUGAAAAUUGAAAUUAUUGUGGCGAAGAGGCUCGUAUUUCAAUGUGUUUGUGCGACACAAGAAAAUUGUAAGUUGUUCUUCGAUGCUGGGAAUAACUCUGCUGUGAUUAGCUUAGAAAAUGGCCCUGAAGUGAUCGGUGAUGUCAAAGUCCGAUUUGAGUCCAGUGGGGGGCUUCCUAAAGGUUAUGAUGACUGUCCUUUCUACUUCUGGUUCAACACUUUCUUUGUUGUAAACAACAGGCUCCACUUAUCUCGGGAUGAACUUGACAAUCCCCACAAGCCCAAAACCUGGAAAAUCUACAGUGAGAAAUUUGCAGUGGAGGUGAAUUUUGACGAGCCCACUGCCAGUUAAUCUAUCAACUAGAACAGACCCUUUCCAAUAUUGUAUCAUACGUGAUCAGUACCUGACUCCCUAAGGGAAAAACAUUGUGAAGAUGUGUGUGUGUAUAUAUAUAUAUAUAUAUAUAGUAUCCAAAGGGAACAUUUGUACAGUCUGCUAUUGAAUCUAAUCAUGUACUCCAGAAUAGUUUAGCCCCAUCUCUAAUCUCUUUACAGCAUUUUGAUUCUUCGCUUACUUAUUCUUCUCUGACAUCUGAGCCCAGAGACUUUUUUUUUUGCUCUUUCACUCUCUCUUGUGUGUGUAUCUCUCACUUAUCAGCAGACUUGAUUGGAUUUGGGAUGACAUUUCAUUACUGGUUCACUACUGAAUACAAUAGUGUAUUUUUUCCUAGCAAGCAACAUAAUCAGGUCCUCAACAUCUCUCUAAUGGGCUACACACUGGUUCAGUGGUCCUCAAGAUUCUAUACUGAAACUAUUUGUCCUUUUUGAUUGCUGGAAUGUGUGGAUAUUGAGGAACAUUAAGUUCUGGAAUUACCAUUUGUUCAUAACAGAGUGGUGCAAUGGGUUCAAAAGUUGACUUGUGGAAGGAACAGUUUGUGUGUUCCCCCAAUUGAUGCAUUUGGACUAUUUUGUUCUGCCCUAUUUUGGGUGAGACUCUAGUCACAAGCAAUUGGCGGGGGUGGGAUUGAAGAGGGAAGAAACGUCACUGAAUAUUCUAGGAUGAUAUUGAUUGAACUGUUGCAAAUUUCUUCAUGCAUGUAUGUCCAUCUCAAAGAAUGAUUUAACUCAAUAUGCUUGAGAAAGGUAAGCCCUUUCCUCUACAUGUGACCAUCAUGUUAUUCCAGUGUUGCUGUGACUAUCAGUUGUGGUCAAAUAUAUUCAAAUUAAUAAUC